AUGGUUUACACAAUCGUCGUUCACCUGCUCGCCAAGGAAGACCAAGAAAGCAUUAACAAGCUGAGCGCUAAGCUUGUCGAGGCUAGCCAGGUGUACAGCAAGGACAAGGAGACAUUGAGCUGGUUUGUUAUGCAGGACACUGUCGAUAAGAGGAAGUUCACUAUCGUUGAGCGGUAUCUGAAGGAAUCUUCUCAACAAUACCACCUGAACAACCCAUACUGGAAGACUUUCGACCCGUACGUGAUUCCUUUGUUGGCCGCACCCAUGGAUCUGAGGCGCCUGGAAGAGUUGGACACGACUGUCACGAGCGCGGGUGCGCAUUACCAUGAAGACGCUGUAAAGACGGAGACCAGUGUUGGCGAUAUGUACAAGGGAACUGACGCUUAG